CGGAGCGGGGCGGAACGCGACCGGAUCGGGGCCGCCCCCCUCCGGCAGCGGGGCCGGGAGCCCGGCGGGCACGGGCGAGCGGAGCAGGUUGUAGCUAAGAAGUGAGCAGGAUGCCCCCGGGCAUUUACUGCCCUAUGGAAUUCUGGUCCAAGGGGGAAAACCAGAACAUCCAGGUGGACUUUCUGCUGCCCACAGGCAUAUACUUGAACCUCUCUGUGUCCUGCAAUGCCAGCUUGGGCACCAUCAAGCAGGUGGUGUGGAAGCAUGCUCAGUAUGAGCCGCUCUACCACAUGCUCAGUGACCCCGAGGCCUACGUCUUCACAUGCAUCAACCAGACAGCCGAGCAGCAAGAGCUGGAGGAUGAGCAGCGGCGGCUUUGUGACAUCCAGCCCUUCCUACCGGUACUGCGGCUUGUGGCUCGAGAAGGCGACAGAGUCAAGAAGGUUAUUAACUCCCAAAUCAGCCUGCUCAUUGGGAAAGGUUUGCAUGAGUUUGAUUCCAUGCAGGAUCCAGAGGUGAAUGAUUUCCGCACCAAAAUGUGCCAGUUCUGCGAGGAGAGAGCAGCAAAGCGGCAGCAGCUCAGCUGGGCAGCUUGGAUGGAGUACAACUUUCCCUUGCAGCUGGAGCCCAUGGCCAAAGGCUUUGGGACUGGACUCUUGCACACCCCCACCAAGAACAUUUUUGUCAACGUCAAGUUUCAGUCUGGUGGGGAGAGCUUCACUUUCCAGAUCGCCCCAGAUGAGUUCCCCAUCACGUUAAUGAGCUAUGCUAUCAAGAAGCAGGCUACCGUCUUCCGCCAUGAGACAAUGGAGAGCCCGGAGGACUAUACCCUGCAGGUGAACGGGAAGUACGAAUAUCUGUAUGGAAACUACCCCCUGUACCAGUUCCAGUAUAUUCGCAGCUGCCUGCACCGAGGCCUAACGCCCCACCUGACCAUGGUACACUCAUCCACUAUCAUUGCUAUGAGAGAUGAGCAGAUCAACUGUAUUGCCAACACCCCAAAGAUGUCUCCGAAGCCUCCCCCGCUCCCCAAGAAAAAGCCAAACUACAGUUCUCUCUGGUCCUUAGAGCAGCCUUUCUACAUUGAGCUGGUGCAAGGCAGCAAGGUCAAUGCAGACGAGAGAAUGAAGCUGGUGGUGCAGGCAGGUCUCUUUCACGGCAAUGAGAUGCUGUGCAAAAUGGUGUCAAGCUCUGAAGUGAACGUGUGCUCGGAGCCGGUGUGGAAGCAAAGGCUGGAUUUUGAUAUCAACAUCUGUGAUCUUCCCCGCAUGGCGCGGCUCUGUUUUGCCCUCUAUGCUGUCAUCGAGAAGGCAAAGAAGGCACGCUCCACCAAGAAGAAGUCCAAGAAAGCUGACUGCCCCAUCGCCUGGGUGAAUGUCAUGCUCUUUGACUAUAAGGACCAGCUGAAAACAGGGGAAUGCUGCUUGCACAUGUGGUCCUCCUUUCCAGAUGAGAAAGGCGAACUUCUGAACCCCAUGGGCACAGUACAAUGCAACCCCAACACGGAAAGUGCAGCAUCCUUGGUCAUCUGCUUCCCCAACGUUGCAUCACAUCCUGUGUAUUACCCAUCAUUUGAGCAGCUGCUGGAGCUGGGGAGGAAUGGAGAACCACCCCGCACUGCACCAGAAGAUCCGGAGGAGAAGCUGCAACUGAAGGAGAUACUGGAGCGGAGGAGCCACACUGAGCUCUAUGAACAUGAGAAAGACCUGGUGUGGAAGAUGAGAUAUGAUAUCCGUGACCAGUACCCACAAGCUUUGGCAAAGCUCCUUAUCAUCACCAAAUGGAACAAGCAUGAAGAUGUUGCCCAGAUGAUUUCCCUGCUUCAGACCUGGCCAGAGCUGCCUGUCCUGAAUGCCUUGGAGCUGCUGGAUUUUAGCUUCCCUGACCGUUAUGUUGGCUCCUUUGCUAUCAACUCAUUAAAGAAGCUGACAGAUCACGAAUUGUUCCAAUACCUGCUGCAGCUUGUCCAGGUGCUCAAGUAUGAAUCCUACUUAGACUGUGAAUUAACCAAGUUCUUGCUGGAUAGGGCAUUAUCGAACCGUAAGAUAGGCCACUUCCUGUUCUGGCAUCUCAGGUCAGAAAUGCAUGUCCCUGCAGUUGCCUUGAGGUUUGGCUUGAUCCUGGAAGCAUAUUGCAGAGGCAGCACCCACCAUAUAAAAGUUUUGAUGAAACAGGGAGAAGCACUCAACAAGAUGAAAGCUCUGAAUGACUUUGUUAAAGUGAGUUCUCAGAAGGCCACCAAGCCUCAAACCAAAGAGAUGAUGCAUGUGUGCAUGAAGCAGGAAACUUAUCUUGAAGCACUUUCCCACCUCCAGUCUCCCCUGAAUCCCAGCAUUAUCCUCGCUGAAGUUUGUGUGGAUCAGUGCACCUUUAUGGACUCCAAAAUGAAACCUUUAUGGAUUGUUUUUAAUAAUGAAGAGACAGGUGGAGUGGGUAUCAUUUUUAAAAAUGGAGAUGAUCUUCGUCAGGACAUGCUGACUCUGCAGAUGAUCCAGCUGAUGGAUGUUCUGUGGAAGCAGGAGGGCCUGGACCUGAGGAUGACCCCUUAUGGCUGCCUCUCCACAGGAGACAAGACUGGGCUGAUAGAAGUAGUCAUGCAUUCAGAUACCAUUGCUAACAUCCAGCUGAACAAGAGCAACAUGGUGGCCACUGCAGCCUUCAACAAGGAUGCACUGCUCAACUGGCUAAAAUCCAAGAACCCAGGUGACGCAUUAGAACAAGCUAUAGAAGAGUUCACUCUCUCCUGUGCUGGCUACUGCGUGGCAACAUACGUGCUGGGGAUAGGUGACCGGCACAGCGAUAACAUCAUGAUCCGGGAAACUGGCCAGCUGUUCCAUAUUGAUUUUGGUCACUUUUUGGGGAACUUCAAAACUAAAUUUGGUAUUAAUAGAGAACGAGUUCCUUUCAUCUUAACAUAUGACUUCGUGCAUGUCAUCCAACAAGGAAAAACUAACAACAAUGAGAAGUUUGAAAGAUUCAGAGGUUAUUGUGAAAAAGCCUAUAUGAUUCUGAGGCGCCAUGGUCUUCUCUUCCUGCACUUGUUUGCACUGAUGAAAGCUGCUGGCCUGCCAGAACUCAGCUGCUCUAAAGACAUUCAGUAUCUAAAGGAUUCCCUAGCUCUCGGCAAAACGGACGAGGAGGCACUAAAGCACUUCAGACUAAAGUUUAAUGAAGCCCUGCGAGAGAGCUGGAAAACCAAAGUGAACUGGCUAGCACACAACGUAUCCAAAGAUAACAGACAGUAGAGCAACUGAGUCAGGCUGCACACUUGCUCCGAGAGAAUGUAAUGCCACUUGCACUGAAUCCAGCCGUUG